UACUAGCGGAUCCCUGAAAUGAAGCCAGAGUAGCUGGAGUAUGGCUCUCUCCAAAGGUUUGAGAUGCUGUCAAAGGGUGUUCUCUUGGAUACCUGUUCUCAUCAUCACGUCCGUGGUCCUUUGGUCGUACUACGCCUAUGUGUUCCAGUUAUGUCUGUUCACGCUCACCAACACCGUGGAAAAAGUGGCUUAUCUGCUGGUGUUUCACAUUUGCUUCGUGAUGUUUUCCUGGACGUACUGGAAGUCCAUCUUCACUCCUCCCGCUACUCCCUGCAAAAAAUUCCAGCUGUCCUACUCAGACAAGCAGAGAUACGAGAUGGAGGAGAGACCAGAUGCUCAGAAACAAAUCCUGGUUGAAAUCGCAAAGAAACUUCCUAUCUUCACCCGUGCACAGUCUGGAGCUAUCAGGUUCUGUGACCGCUGCCAGGUGCUGAAGCCUGACCGCUGCCACCACUGCUCUGUCUGUGAAACGUGUGUUUUGAAGAUGGACCACCACUGUCCUUGGGUAAACAACUGUGUUGGGUUUUCCAACUACAAGUUUUUCCUGCUUUUCCUCUCCUACUCCAUGGUAUACUGCGUUUUCAUCGCAGCCACAGUCUUUCAGUAUUUCCUCAAAUUCUGGGUGGGUGACCUGCAAAAUGGGCCCGCAAAGUUUCAUGUCCUCUUCCUCAUGUUUGUUGCGCUCAUGUUCUUUGUCAGUCUCAUGUUCCUCUUCGGCUACCACUGCUGGUUGGUGGCCAAAAACAGAUCCACUUUAGAGGCUUUUUCAGCACCGGUUUUCAUCAGUGGACCAGAUAAAAGUGGAUUUGAUGUUGGCAUCCGUAAAAACCUUCAGCAGGUUUUUGGCGAAGAUCGAAGGCUUUGGUUAAUUCCAGUCUGCACAAGUCAAGGGAACGGACACUAUUUCCCUCUGAAGAACCGCAGUGAGUACCAGAACCCCCUGUUGGCUAACCGGGAAAUGUGGGAGGAGUCUGACGACGGUUCGGAGGAAGGAAGCUUCGACGAGGACGGAGAGCCGUCUGUCACGGUGGUUGUUGAGGAGUGAGCUCCCAGAGCAAAGACAAUGCUGCUGCAGUGGAAACCGAUACAUAUCACACACUGUGCAUUCCAAACAGCAUCUGAAGUCAGGAACGUUACCAAGUUUCAGCAGUCAGUCCUGCAAAAAGGCUGACGCAGACCCAGAUGGACAACCAGCAGUGUCACCAGAGAGAGAGCUGUAUGUAUCACCUUUGUUGAAUGGUUGAGCAAAAAUACUCAAUAUCACUGUUUACUUUCUGCCUCAGAGCCUCAACUUUGUGUGUGCUCCUAUCGUUCCAUGGAUAAUAAAUGAACCUGAUUUUUAUUCUUAUUUGCAACGCGAGUGCACCUAGUUUAACCUGCGCCUUACAUUUCUGUAUCACUGUGUUCAGUUAAAUGUGUUUUCUACACAUUGAUUCUCUUUAAUUGUAUGAACAAUUUUGGUUUGCUGUUAGUUGAGUGUAAUUGACCAAGCAGCCAUCACUCAUAUUUAACCAUAUACAGGGUUUAUCUCCGACAGUCUUGGUCAAAGGUUUAGGAGCAAGGUUUGGAAUCCUUGUCUCAAUUCACAUCAACAUUUAAUAGAGAUGUUUGAAAUAUGUGUUUGUUUCCUAUGGGGUCACUCGGCUGAUCCCAGUUACUUGGGCGAGAGUCUGGACAGGUCAGCGGGUCAAAAGACAGCUUACUGUAUACAGAUAGUCAUCGGUUAACCCCUGUAUGUUUUUGGACUGUGGGAGGAAACUGGAGUGCCUGGAAAAGAGUGGCACAAGCACAUAGAGAGCGUACAAACACCACACAAAAAGGACUCCUCACCUCACGUUAUCGCAGAUUAAGGGGCUACAUUUAGAUUUUGUUUUAAACCAGUAAAUUAUGAAGUCAUAGUGGAACCAACAUACACCAAUGCUGCAUGCAUGUAGAUUAUUUGUGCACUUUGGCCAAGGCUGUCAUACGAAUGCAGUACUAACGGAUCAACAGCAAUAGCAAAUCAAUGGGUUUCUGAUAAGGACUACUGAAGGGUGUCUUCCCCUUCUUUUUAAACAGCUGUGUUUGUCUGACUCUCCUCCACAGGAUGGGUGGGGUCUUUGUGUUUCUGCAAAGUGACGUCAUUUUUUUUGAAGCUGUGUUUGUGUACUCGUUUUUUUUUCUACUUAUAUUUGGUACAGGCUUUGGUUUGUGGACAAUAGUGGGCUCGUGUAUCACAAACAUGGUGUUCUGUGUGGAUGGAAGAAACCGUUUUUUUUAACUAGGUAUCAGAAGCAUGUAAAAAAAAAAGGAUGUUUUAUGUCUUGUGUCUAUUUAUUGAUAAAGAGUGUCUGUGUGUGAUGAGUUUAGUGAGUCAGACCCUGAACACUAGGACCGUAUGUUCGCCAUAACAUUACGGCAAAUUUGACCUCAGCGUUGUCUCACUGAUUUAAAAAGCACAUUGAAAUUGGUUGCUGUUCUUGUCAUCCAAUAAAUACUUCAUGUCUG